CUCGGCCAGGCUCGUCAAGGAUCCCGAGCCAGGCCCUGCCUCUCCUCCCCCCGCCCGUACUAGCCUUCUUCUCCUCCCCUGCCCUCCCUGUCCUCUGUGUCCUCUCUGUUCGGUCCAUCCCCCCUUCGUCCCCCUCCCUGCGAUGCUGAACGUCCACAUUGCCCUCUCGCCGACCAGCCCGGCCUCGCCGGCCUCCCUGGGCGACAUCCUGCUGGAUUUCUCUCUUGUGACCAACCUGCCGGAGUUCUAUCUGAAGAGCAUUUCGUGCACCCGCUCUGUGGCCUCGGUCAAGUCCCUGGAGAAUGCUCUCCAUCUGGACUUCGCCAUCGGCGGGCGCGGCAUGCUCCCGGCGCUUGGUCUCGAUGCCAGCCAGACGGCCAGCUCAUCGGGAGCAGGGUCCCCGACGAUGGCCAGUUCGGGCGCCGGUCGGGGCUCCGAGCACACGGUCAGCUAUGGCGAUCCCCUGCCGGCGGAUGCCGGGCCGGCUAGCCCUGGCAGUCCCGGGGGCGGGCUGACCGCGCGUCUGGUCCGCAUGGCCCGGUCGGAUGUACCCGCGGCGGCGGUCCGUUGCCUCCAAGCCUCGACCCCGGCCAUCGUUGCCGAGGUGUCGCGCUGGUUCGGCCAACUGGUGGCUCAUCCCCAACUCAACCGGUCUCCCUAUGUGGUGGCCUUUUUUGUAGCCGGGCCAGUGGCGGCCCCCGAGCGACUGCCCACCGGGCCGGACCCCUCGCUAGACCCCUCCCUUGGGCAGAAGGUUCGCGGCUUGCUGCGGGAAAAGUCUUCCCUGCUGAGCCUGGGCUUCGGGUCAGGCCCCAGCCCGGCUGAGCAGGUUGGCGCCCUGCCGGUUAGUGCAUUGAUCGAUGUCAAUGCCCUGGAAGGGACAUCCGCCGGAGCCCGCGCCGCCUACGACACCUGGCGCCAUGUUUCGGCUUGCGCCGCGCGCCUCACCCAGGCUGAGCAUGAGCAAGCUGCUGUGAGGGAGAAGCUGUUUCACUCGCUCAAGGCGGUGGCUGACGCCGAGACCUCGGCCGUCCUGAAAGCGCUUGCUCAUGGCCUUGCCGACUUCAUCGCACCUCCGGGCGGCGAUCAGGAGGACUCGGGCAGCAUUUCCAUGAUCUCCCCGGCGGACAUCUCCUCCAGCGAUCUCACUGUUCCGAGUCAGCCAGCCGGUGGGGAGCCUGCUACGGCCGGAACACGCUACAUUUUCGCCGCGCUCAAUGGUCACCGGUACCGGAAUGCCGCGCUGGCAAUCAACUUCUUUUCAUCGCACUUCGUCAAGGCCUACGAUGAGGCUGUCGCCACCCAUGCCAAGCGUCGGGGGGUCUCCAACAGCCCGGCGUAUGGGUCUGGUGGCCAGCAGGAAUUGUUUGCCUCGGUGGCUCUGGACAUGGCCGCCGAGAAUCAGCAGGCCGCAGCCGACACCCUGAAGAAGGCCCAUGCCGAGCUUCUGUGGGAUCUGGGUCUGGGCGAAAUGCAGCCCCCGUUGAAGGAGGCCACGAAGGAGGCUUCGCUGCCAGCCACGCCGGACGUGGCCGAUGCCGGGGUCCUUGCCACCCUGCACGAGGAGGAUCCCAGCCAGGCCGGCGCCCAGGAGCCCCCCUCCGAGCAGGCCAAGGACCAGCCCCAUCCUUCGGACAUGUCUGCCGAUGACACGCUGCCGCGGUUUGCCCUGGACACACGUGCUUCGUUGGAUGCACUGCGGGCUUACGCCCGGGCUGAGCUGGCCUCCGCCGAGGCGGCUCUCCAGCGUUGCACCGAGCUCCGGCGUGUGGUGGACCCAUUCUCCUUCAGCUUCGAGUAGUGGAAACCCCUCUCCCUUGGGAGUGCCACGGUCUCGCGUGUUCGGUGUAUGCGUGUGUUUGCGGGCAUCCAGUCCCGCCCCCGUCCCUUCUGCCUCCCGACGGCCCACGGGGCCUCCUUCUCCCCGGUCUGUGUUUUUUCUUUCCGGUCCCCCCCCC